AUGGUCCUAUUGCAGAGAAACCUCACCUUAAGCUCUGAGUUUAUUAUCUUGGGCUUUGGGGACCUGGCUGAACUACAAAUCUUCUUUUUUGGACUCUUUCUAAUCAUGCAUCUUGUCACCCUAGCAGGACACAUGACUAUUGUGCUUAUCACCCUCUUUGACUCAUGCCUCCAGACUCCCAUGUAUUUCUUCCUCCGCAACCUGUCCACCAUUGAAAUCUGCUAUAUAUUGGUCAUCGUCCCCAACAUGCUGGCCAAUAUCCUGUCCGGGAGCCAGCGGAUGCCCUUUCUGGGAUGUGCCCUGCAAAUGCAUCUCUUCAUCUCACUGGGUGGAGCAGAGUGUUUCCUCCUGGCUGUGAUGGCCUAUGACCGCUUCGUGGCCAUCUGCAAGCCCCUUCACUACACAUUCAUUGUCACCAGGACUGCGUGUGUGCAGAUGCUGGCUCUGGCAUGCAUCAGCGGCUUUGCACUCUCACUCACCCUCACCACACUGAUAUUCCUCCUGCCCUUUUGUCAGUCCCACAAGAUCAAUCAUUUCUUCUGUGACAUCCCUGCUGUGCUAUUCCUGGCCUGCUCGGACACACAGGCCAAUGAGAUUGCAGUCUUCCUUGUUUGCCUGCUCAUCUUGUUGAUCCCUUUCCUGCUGAUCCUGCUCUCCUAUGGGUUCAUUAUCACUGCCAUCCUCAGAAUCCACUCGGCUGAAGGCAGGAGCAAAGCCUUCUCCACCUGUGCUGGGCACCUACUGGUCUCCCUUCUGCAUUACGGCUGUGCAAUAUUCAUCUACAUUCGCCCCAGGUCAUGCUACACCCCAGAACAGGACAAAAUUGUGUCUUUAAUCUACACCAACGUCACUCCCAUGCUCUACCCUAUGAUCUAUAGUCUGAGGAAUAAGGAAGUCAAGGGUGCCCUCAAGAGACUCCUGGAGAGACAUGACUGGACCAGGAGUUGA